AUGACAACGACAACACCAACAAUAUUACCACCGCCGCCUACCCUUGAUCCUUCCAAAGAAGGCAAUGCGGGAUCGCCUUCGAAUGGGGUCAUUAUCGGCACGGUGGCUGUAGCGUUCUUCAUACUGACCGUCCUAGGCAUUUGGCACUUCCGUCGGCAGAGAGUAAAGGGUCGUGGUCUGUUUGGGCACAGCGGGUCCAAGAAGUGGGUGGACAACGAGAAGGGUCUUUACCAGGCACAUCACCAGCCUGGGUACAGUGACUCACCCUCUCCAACUCAAAGUUACUACGGCGGGAACGGGUACGGCCACAGCGACGCUUACUACUACCAGUACAGCAACAAUCUCCACGACAGCAACAGCAUCAGCCGAGGACCACAGAACAACCACCCAGAGAUGGAGGAGGAGGAGAACAACACGCGCUCAGGCAUGGUCCGGCCCCAGACUCUUCCAAACGACACUGCAGUCUACUGGCCCCCACCACCAGGACUGUCACCACAAGGACUAUCAUCAUCAUCACCGCCACCACAACCCUUUACACCCUUGACAGAAUCAUCCUCAGCAGCAGCAGAAGCAGCAGCAGCAUCGACAUCACUUAAACGCAGCUUAACGCGCAACCCACAGGAUCACCGCCGCCAAGAGCAAUUGGAACACUUGCUGAUGCUACAACGUCGACAGAUUCGAGAACUCCAGGAACUACAACAACAGCACCAACGCGAGAACCCAUUGUCAUCCGUGUCGGGGCCUCACGCGCCCACACAACAAGACCGUCAAAUCUGGCAGCAGAGCGAUCAGGAGCAGCGGCAGCAGUGGUUACAGCAGCAACAGCCCCAUCAGCCAAGAGGAGGAAGAGAUAACAGUGGAGGUAUUAUUGUGAGUGGGCCUGUUGGUGCUGUAAGGGAUCCGCAGGACUGGGGCAUCUAUGACGAUGCCGGCAGAAGAGGUGGAAGUAGCGGAAGUCGUGGAGGUGGAGGACACAGCCAAAGGGUAAUGCAAGAAAGGAAGAGAGACAGCGGCGAUAGUAACGAAGAUGGAGAGUCUGGUGAAGAUGGACAGCAGAGUUUGCGACAGUACAUUGCACAGAUGAAGGCAGACUACGAGGAGCAGUUCCGGAAGCACCAGGAGGAGUUGGAAAGACUGAAGGCAGAGCAGGAGACUCAGCUGCAGAUGCUGCGUGAGCAAAUAAAAGAGUAG